GACGUGGGAAGAUCAAAUCAAUGGCUUCUUCGUCUCUAAAGAGAGAAAGUGAUCCCAAGAAAAGGAUAGUGAUAACUGGAAUGGGCAUUGUUUCCGUUUUCGGAAAUGACAUCCACACUUACUACAACAAACUGCUUGAUGGAGUGAGCGGUAUCACUCCCAUCGACAGAUUUGAUACAUCAGAUUUCUCUGUUAAGAUUGCGGGUCAGAUUCGCGACUUCUCUUCCGAGGGAUACAUCAACGCCAAGGAUGAUCGUCGUCUCGAUGAUUGCUGGAGAUAUUGUUUGGUUGCAGGGAAAAAGGCUCUUGAUGAUGCUACCCUUGGCAAACAAUUACUUGCUGAUACUGCUAUGGACAAGACGAGAAUGGGAGUGUUGGUGGGAACAUGCAUGGGGAACUACGAGGCUCUCACUAGUGGAGUCGAAACCUUAAAUGAAAAGGGAAAUAAAAAAAUGAGUCCAUUUUUCAUUCCAUAUUCAAUAUCGAACAUGGGGCCUGCGUUGCUGGCAAUGGACACGGGCUUCAUGGGGCACUACUACAGAAAUUGGAUACGACAUUGCAUAUACUACACUGGAUUUUGUAAAAGUCUGUUAUCUUAUAUAUAUUGUUUGUUGUCUUAA